ACAAACAAAAAUAAAUAAAAGCUUAAAAUACUGGAACCGCUACGAAAAGCCCCUGGCAAAGCGAUCAACAUGGCAGCAGUGAUCUACAGUUCCUUUAUUGCUCUUUUGCUAGCAACGUUGUGUUCAACCGGCACUAUACCGAAUCGACCCGCCUUACCCACGCAAACGAAUCAAAUACAGCCAUCGAACGCGGAUAGUAAAUCACCUGGCCGUAGGAUCAUGCAUCCAGCAUUUGCAAAUGCUGGCCGUUCACCCGGCUUAGAGAUUUGGCGAAUCGAGAAUUUUGAGCCUGUGGCUUAUCCGAAAAAUAACUAUGGGAAAUUUUAUUCUGGAGAUUCGUUUAUUGUCUUAAAUACUGUGCAAACUAAAGAUAAAAAGUUAUCUUGGGAUGUUCACUUUUGGUUGGGGUCGGAAACGUCAGUGGAUGAAGCUGGUGCAGCAGCUAUAUUGACUGUGCAAUUAGAUGAUCUGCUUAACGGCGGCCCGGUCCAACAUCGCGAAGUUCAGGACCACGAAUCCCAACUAUUUUUAAGUUACUUCAAAAAUGGCAUACGUUAUGAACAGGGUGGCAUUGCCAGUAGUUUUAAACAUGUUGAAAUCAAUGCUCAAGGUGAAAAGCGUCUUUUCCAAGUGAAAGGUAAACGCAAUGUCCGCGUACGUCAGGUAAAUUUGUCAAUAUCCUCGAUGAACAAGGGUGAUUGCUUCAUUCUUGACGCCGGCAAUGAGAUUUACGUUUAUGUGGGUGCUCAAGCGAAACGUGUGGAAAAAUUAAAGGCAAUUAGCGCCGCCAACCAAAUAAGAGAUCAAGAUCAUAAUGGUCGUGCGAGAGUACACAUAAUAGACGAGUUUAGUAAUGUUGCGGAUAAGGAAAGUUUCUUUGAAAUUUUGGGCUCAGGGUCACCGGGUCAAGUUCCUGAUGAAUCGACAGCCGAAGAAGAUGGCGCAUUUGAAACUACAGAUGCGAACUCGGUGACAUUGUACAAAGUUUCGGAUUCUAGUGGUUCGCUGAAAAUCGAUCCCAUUUCUCAGAAACCUCUGCGUCAAGAAAUGUUGAACAGUCAAGAUUGCUUUAUCUUGGAUACUGGUUCGGGCAUUUAUGUUUGGGUGGGUCGCGGCGCAACGCAAAAAGAAAAGACCGAUAGUUUGAUUAAAGCCCAGGAAUUUUUGCGUUCCAAAAAAUACCCAGCUUGGACUCAGAUACAUCGUAUUGUGGAAGGAGCUGAGUCAGCACCUUUCAAGCAAUAUUUUGCUACGUGGCGUGACGCUGGUAUGUCUCAUACCCGUUUGGUGCGUUCCGCUCUCGGUUAUGACAGCGAUAACUCUGAAUUCGAUGUGGACGAUGUUGAUUCGGUACUAAAAACUUUGAAAGAGAAAGGGGGUCAUGCUAUCGGUUUUAUGCCAGAUAAUGGCCGAAAUGAAUUGAGUGAAAUCACUGUUUACUCUUCGGUACCUGGCACUAAUGAUAUUCAAAAAGAAAAAAUUUCAUAUACGGAAUCUUUGCCUUUAAAGAGUCAUGACGCAUAUGUGAUUCCUUAUACUUAUCAUGACAAGAAUGACGAAAGUGGUACAUUAAUCUAUGUGUGGGAAGGUGUAAAAGCCGCUAAUGUGAACGAAUAUGCUUUCGAGGACGCCUUGGGUUUAGCUGUUGCAGAAAAUGCGAUACUCGUGCGCACUGUACAAAAUCACGAGCCUAGACAUUUCUUAAAAAUGUUCAAAGGGAAACUUUUCACAAUUGUAAAUAAUACGCCAACAACACAUCAAUUGUUCCAUAUACGUGGUACCGAUGCCGAUGAUGUGCAUGCUUUCGAAACUGAAGCCGACUCAUCAUCAUUAUCCUCGUCCGACGUGUACGUUUUAUUCGUUUACAAUGAAAACAAAGCGUUUAUAUGGAUUGGUUUAGGUGCUUCUGAAUUUGAGAAGAAUGCGGCCGAGGAUCUUUUUAAAAGUGUUUGGCCAUCUGUUGACCUCAGCACUGUAGAAGAAGGUGCCGAACCUGACGAAUUUUGGGAACAUCUCAACGGUGAGGGUAUUUACGAUCGUAGCCUAAGUGAGAAGAGUGCCCCGAUAUUAGAGCCUCGUCUUUUCCAUUGCCGUUUAAUUAAUAAUAAAAUCAAAGUUGAAGAGAUAAUGCAUUUUGAACAAGCUGAUCUUGAUUUUGAUGAUGUCAUGCUUUUGGAUACCGGAGAUGAAAUUUACUUGUGGGUAGGCUCUGGAGCUUCGGCCGAAGAAAAUGGCAGAAUAUUAGAUAUAGCGAAAAAAUACAUUGCGUUUGAGCCAACUGAUCGCACAAUUGACACCGUCACUGUCAUACGCAUCUCUCAAGAUUACGAACCAAAUGUUUUCAAACGCAUGUUUCCCAGCUGGGAGAAAGGCUAUUGGGAGAAUAUUCCUACCUAUGAAGACGUACGCAAAAAAGUACUCGAAGAUAAUGAGCGUAUCGAAGAUAAUGACGUUUAAACACUUGGGAAAGUAAUCAAAAUCAGUGACACAUUUAAUUACACACAAAUUUAUAUAUAUUA